AUGGAGAAGACGGAGAAGAAGAAGACGGAGGAGGAGAAGAGGCAAAACCGACUCUUAGAGCAGCAGCAGGCAGGGCAGGCAGGGCAGGCGAGACUGCAGAGACAAGGUCAUGGACUCACGCAGCAGCACAACCCAUGCAAGGACUUGACUGAAGCAAGCAAGCAGCAAGAAGAAGAGAAGAAAGAAACCAGAAUCGAAAAAGCAGAGGGCAGGACGAGGGAUAAAGAGGAAGAAGACUUGAUAGUAGAAGAAGUAGAAGAGGAAGAGGAAGAAGGAGAAGAAGCAAGCAAGCAAGCAAGGUGA